CCAACCACAUUUUUGUCGUGUUUCACUGCCCAUAACAGAAUCCUCGCACAAGUGACGUAUUUAAUUGGACUGAAAAAACUGUUUCCAUUUUUUUUCUCCUAGUCGGGAUUUAAAUUUUGAUAUGUGGUGACGCCCAAAAUAUUAACAAAACGUAACAAUUUUUAUUAUAUUUUAUUUUUUGUGAUUGUGCAGCGAACUGUUUUCGUCUGGUUAUCUCGGAAGAUAUCUUGCUUGUGUUUAUUAAGUGACGAAAGAGGAUACCAUUAGCAAGAGGAAGAGCAAUUUUGUAACGUUUCGACCCGAUGUCUUGUUGUUGAACGCUGCCUAAAAAUCAUGGGUGUUAUUGCCAGGUGGCGGUAUGCAAUAUUGCUUGGAUUCCUCAUAUCUUCUGUGCCUAGUGUAAGUAGUCCCUUCAACAUCACGUAUCACCGCCUAAUCAAAAAUUCCCCUCAGAACUGCGAUGGCCAACUGGCCGAAGACACGACGUCGGUAGAAUACAGCGUCAGCAGCAGCACCAGCAUCGGCGUGGAGCACUCCGAAGCGUCCGCGGAGAAAUUCAACAGCACCGCAGAAACCGCCGCCUUGGUGGAUGACGGAAACCGGACCAGGGAGGCGCUGUCGCACGAUUCCAGCGAACCGGACUCGGUCGUCUUCAUCGGUGACACGGGGGGUUACGUGCCACUUCCAGCGCUCAGAACAAGGACUCUGCCCACGGCACCGGAAGAGGAAUGGCACCAACCCAUCGAAACCUGGGACAGGGAGUACAGAAGAUUUAGGUUCAACAACACCAGAGUGCAACACAUCGAAGCAGAAUGCCAAGACGACUAUAUGAAGAUCAGAGUGGGAUUUAACGGAACAUUUACUGGAUUAGUUUACUCCGCUGGUUACGCUUAUGACCCUGAUUGUAUGUACAUUAACGGUACGGGUCGGGAUUAUUACGAAUUCUACAUCCAGCUUAACCGUUGUGGAACUUUAGGGAAAAACACUCAUAAUGAAGAUAACAGAAAAUCUCCCACGAAAAACUUCAUGUGGAACACGGUAACAGUUCAGUAUAACCCAUUAAUUGAGGAAGAAUACGAUGAACACUUCAAAGUAACCUGCGAGUACGGAUACGACUUUUGGAAGACCGUCACUUUCCCAUUUUUAGACGUUGAGGUUGCUACAGGAAAUCCUGUCGUCUUCACCCUGACUCCACCUGAAUGUUACAUGGAAAUCCGCUACGGAUACGGUACAAACGGAAACAGAGUCACUGGUCCAGUCCGCGUAGGAGAUCCCUUAACCCUGAUAAUCUACAUGAGAAGCAAAUAUGACGGAUUCGACAUAGUAGUCAACGACUGUUACGCACAUAACGGAGCCACUAAGAAGAUUCAGCUGAUCGACGAGUACGGAUGUCCGGUCGACGACAAACUUAUCUCUAGAUUUAGGGGUUCGUGGUCGGAAAGUGGUAUCUAUGAAACCCAGGUCUUCGCCUAUAUGAAGACGUUCAGGUUCACGGGUUCUCCUGCACUUUAUAUUGAAUGCGACGUUCGGAUGUGCCAUGGAAGAUGUCCCAGUCAACCGUGUCACUGGAGGAACGUAAAAACGGUACGUAAGAGGUCCAUCAACGAUACGGAAACUUCCACCCAAACAGUCGUUCCGCCAUCACUUUCCGAAAACGUGAAUCUAUUCCAAUCCUUGAGAGUACUUCAGGAGGGCGAGUCCGAUGAGAACCGCAACGCCACAGAAGCCCAUCCCCAAACGGAUUCGAAUAGCGUGUGCCUGAAAACGGGAUGGUUUUCGGCAUUGUUAGCACUAGGUGGUGGUGCUAUGUGUUUGCUUGGCGGAGCGUUGUUGGCUACCUGUUCGAGGAUGAGGAAGGUCGCAAUCGACAAGGUGUUAACGCACAGCCAGUUCAAUGGUUAUAUGAACCACAAGGGUAGCAUAAACUGAACCCCGGACCAUUGUGAUAGUGCUUAAAUUAUAGGACUUAAAAGUGACCACAUUAGGAAAUAUAACGGUGAAUUCAGCCUUUACUUACACGUAUCGUAUAAGGCUAAUGUUAGCCCACAAAAUUAAAAAUAAUGUGAUAAUGUUGGUAAUCGCAGACAUAACGAAAUAGAAUAAGUAAAAUCAUGUGCAUGAUGAUAACAGUAUUAAUUUAUUUUUUAUACAAAGACAUAUAGGUGAUAAUUAAAAUUUACUUAAAAUUCAGUGAUUUACUUAUUUAGAAUUAGUAAUUUAUUAGGUAGACAUAUGCAUGAAUAGGUUACUAAGUUUAAGUACAGCCCUUGUUUAUACACAUAUAAAUAAGGGUUUAACAUACGCACAUGGAGAAUUAGGUAGAGGCAGUGUUAAAAACUUAAAUAAAUCUACUUCUUCUGUACGUAUGUCAAGGAUAUUUGAUACAAAGUUGAAUUUAUACCAAGUAUCCGAAUGUUGUAAAUAGUUAUAUUUAUCAGUAAGUUUUUUCUUCAAUAAAGAUAAUAGUAAUACUU